GGCGGUCCUGGGGGGCCGUGCGGGGCGGGGCCUGUGCGGCCGCGGUGCGGGCCGAGUGGGCUGCGGGGAUGCGAGGCACGAGCUGUGUGGGCGGUGGCGGCGAAAGCCCCGGCGGCUCCGGGCUGAGCGAGGGCCCGCGGGGUCGCUGGCUGCGCCUGGCCCCGGUCUGCGCCUACUUCCUCUGCGUCUCGCUGGCCGCCGUGCUGCUAGCCGUGUACUACGGGCUCAUCUGGGUCCCCACGCGGCCCCCCGCGGGCCCCGCCGGCCCGCUGCCCAGCGCGCCGUCCCCUCCGUGCGCUGCCCGCCCGGGCGCGCCGCCUGCUCCAGCUCCCGCCGCUGCGUCCAUCUCCUGCCUCCUGGGAGCCCCUGGCGGGCCGCGACCCCAGCUCCAGCCGCCACCGAGCCGCCGCCGUCGCCGCCGCAGCGACCCCAGCCGUGGCCAAAGUCGCCAGACGCCCAGAGAGACGCCAGAGGCCGCGGAGGGGUGAGGACCCGGGUAACGCUCCCUUCCACCCCAACCCGGACCAUCAGCCCUCGAGAGCCCGGUGCUCCAUGCCGCGGAUGCGCCGGCCCCGGUGGGCCCUGGCUUCCUCUUAAUGACAUCGCCCAGCGUCUCCGGAGCCAUCGUCGUCAUCCUGAAGAAUGGGGGGUAAGGGGGUGUCGGCUCCGGGCCUCACCCCUUGCAGCUCCUCCGCUGUCAGGCGGGGUCCUCCACCAUCUGGUCCGCUGUCAGGCGGACCCCAUCCUGACUUCUGCCUCCUGUCUUCCCCCUCUAGGAUUCUGAGCACAGAGCCCAUAGCUCACCCUUCUCAUCUCCCCGAAUCUCUGUGUCUGUCUGUCCACCUGCAAUAAACUCCAGCCCCAGGUGCCUCGU